AUGCUUUUAAGCCGAAAUGAGUUUAAUGCUACUUAUAUACUACUCACAAGGCGCGUGUUUUCAUCCUACGUCUUUCCGCGAUGGUUCAAGUUGGCUGCAGACAAAUGCUGUAUGGGCACUACUAGCCGGAUGAUGUGUCAGUGUUGCUGCCCGACAGACAAGCCUCGGAGGUCGCCGCGGCAACAGACGCCCGUCUGGCGGAGCCUGGCGUUGCCGAGCCUUGUGCUGCUGAGUCUGGUGGUCGGGCAGUUGGGCCGGUCGUGUCAGGCCGGGCAGACGGUGCUGUUCAGCGUGGACGAAGAGGUGCCGCUCGGUACGGUCGUGGGCAGUUUGGCCCAGCAACUGCCGCUCCACCUGCACUUCGCCCUCAGCCAGUUGACCUUCCGCGCCAUCCAGAAAGACCAUGCCCACCUCUUCGCGGUGGAGGCGGCGGAAGGUCGAGUUCGCGUCGCCAAGCGGCUGGACCGCGAGAGCCUGUGUCCGAGUCCGGCGCCCGGCGACUCGAUCCCUCUCUCGGCCCCGGCCCGACAUUCUGUUGCCAGGGGCGGCCGGCGAGGCGCCGGCCCCGGUGACUGUCUGCUCAGGUUCAGCGUGAACAUCCUCCGCGCGGCCGGCGCCAAAGAGGUCAAACCGGCCAACGGCGAUGGCAACGGCGACGGCGACGGCGACGGCGAUGGCGAGGUUGUCGUGGGGAACAGCAGCAGUUUCGGUAUCGCCGACGUGAUGCAGGUUCACGUGCGUCUGACCGACGUGAACGACCACCGCUGCGAGUUCCGUCCGUCGGCCCGUCAGACGGUCUACAUCGCCGAGGCCGGGCCGGUCGGCGACCGGUCGGCCGUCGGCCUGCAUCGGCCCGUCGACGCGGACACGGGCCCCGGCAACGGCGUCGAGCGCGCCUCCAUCCGACUGCUCGAGCCCGCCGACGCCCACGACCGAGCCGCGCGACAUUUCGAGCUGCGCCUCACCGAGACCGAGUCGCCGACCAGCCCGUACCGCGUCGACCUGCUCGUCGUGCGGCCGCUUGACUACGAGACGGCACAAGCGCACCAGCUCGUCGUCGAGGCCGGCGACGCCGACGCCAACGCCGACGCCGACGGCAACGGCGACGGCAACGGCGACGGCGACACGAGAUCUCGGUCCAUCUGCCGGCUGCAGGUCACCGUGAACGUGGUCGACGUCAACGACCACGCGCCGAGGUUCGAGCAGAAGCUGGCGACCGUGUCGCUGUUGGAGAAUGCCAGUCUCGAGGAGCCGAUCUACACGUUCCGCGCCGUCGACCACGACCGCGGCAGCCUCUUCAGUCGACUCGUCUUCCUGUUGAGCCCCUACGCCGGACAGGCGGUGCGCGACACCUUCCGCGUCGUGCCCGGCAACGGGUCGGUGUUGCUACGGCGACCGCUGCGACACUCGGAGCAAGCGGUUUUCGAGGUGGCCGUGUUGGUGCGCAAUCCGAGCGAACGCGAGGCCGAGUUGGGCCUCGAGGGUGUGGAGUCGGGCGACGCGCCGGCCGGCACCGAGGCGGAUCAGCAGCCCGGCAACUAUGCGCACGACACGGCCAAGUUGGUUGUCAACGUGGUGGACGUGAACAACGAGGAGCCGGUGAUCUCGUGCUACACGCUGUCGGGCGAUCGGGAUCUGGUGAUCGAGGAGGAGGCGGUCAGUCUGCCGGCCGACUUCGCCGUCGUCAGCGUCCGCGACGCCGACAGCGGCCUCAACGGUCGCGUCUCCUGCGCUCUGGCGCGCAACUCGAGCAGCGAGUUCCGCCUCACCCAAAUCAGCGGCCCUGACGACGCCGGCGCCUUGGCAACGGAUCCUGCGGAUUCUGGGGAUUCUGCGAACUCGGCCGCGGGCGGCGGACACGAGGAGAGUGUGUACAAGUUGUCGACGUUGCGGCGGUUCGACCGCGAGCAGACGAGCCACGUGUACGUGGAGGUGGUGUGCCGCGACGAGGGCAGUCCGGCGAGGUCGACGCGGGAGCGUCUUCGCGUGCGCAUCGGCGACGUCAACGACCACUCGCCGGUGUUCGCCAAUUCGACGUACCGGCUGAGCGUGACGGAGGACAGCGACCCGCGGCGUCGGCUGGUGGGCCAUCAGAUCGGCCAGAUCCGGGCGCAGGACUCGGACGCCGGGGCCAACGGUCGUCUGCGCUACCGGCUGGAGGGGGCCGAGGCGGCGGGUCUGUUCGUCGUCGACCCCGACGACGGGAUGGUCCGGUCGACGGGCCGGUUGGAUCGCGAGCUGGCCGAUCGGCACCGCUUCCGGCUGGUGGCCGAGGAUCAGGGCGCGCCGCGCCGAUCCGCCAGCGCCAGCGUCGUCGUCGACGUCGUCGACUACAACGACGAGGCGCCCCGCUUCGGACAGUCCGUCUACGACUUCCACGUGGUCGAGAACUCGCCGCGCGGCGAGUUCGUCGGAGCUCUCACCGCGCACGAUCCUGACGACGGCGUCAACGCCGAGCUGACCUUCAAGUUGGUCGCCGUCGAGCCGAGUCCCGUCGGCCGGGCCGACUCGCUCCGUCUGGCCGCGGGGUUCGACGAGCCGUUUGGCCAAUCGCCGCGGCCAGAGGCGCCCAUUCGCAUCACCUCUUUCUACGACUCCACUCGCGGCGUCUACGACAUCCGAUUGUACACCGAACGGCCGAUAGAUCGCGAAAGCCUGCCGCGCCCACCAGCCGCGCAGCAGCUCGUCUUCGCCCAACCCGACGCCCAACUACACGAGCUCGCCAACUACCCCGAGCCCGGCAGCCUCGAGUCCACGGUCUACCAGUUCCACAUGAUGGCCGAGGACGGCGGCAGCCCCAAGAAGUUUGCCAAAGUGCUGGUGCGCGUACACGUCAAAGAUGUCAACGAUGAACGGCCCAAGUUCAUCUUUCCCACCGAGAACGAGGCAGUUGUGGCACUCUCCUACCUCGAACCGAAAGGCUUCAACUUUAAACGGGUGAGAAAUCCACUUGGCAAUUUCACUGCCUACUCACUA